GCUAGUGGGUUGAACUUUCAACCAAAGUAAGUAGCUAAUCUUUGUCCAAAGAUUCUAGUCCUUUUUUUUUUUUCCCUUUUCUACGAUUAUUGGGCAUACGAUAAUCUUGUUCUGUCAUCCAUAUUAUCACUCGGGAGAUAAAAAGAUAGAAGAUAUCCCUCAUCAUCUUCUCUACUUUCCCUCUAAAGCUCCAUUUAAAGGGUGGAACUGCAACCUUAAAUAUAUGCAUGCAAUCUACAAAAGAGGGGAGUUUUGAAGAUGCAGUUUUGGAGCUCUAUGCAUGGAUUGCUAGUGGGAAGGAAGAUGGGAAGUAUAGAAACUGUGGUGAUUCUCAUAGUCUUCUCCUACCUUUGUAUCAUUACAACUUCCUCACCUCCCCAGAAAUCUUUCCCUUCUUCAGAGGUAAUUCAACCAGCAAUUCUUCACAUCCUUGGUUCUCAGGGACGGUACUUUCAGAACUGGGGGUAUGUCAGCAGCUCUGUUGGUGACGGUGGUACAGCUAUAGCACGUGGUAGCAGGAUUGAAGGUGCACAUGGUCAAGAAGCUGCUAUGGUUGGUGGUUCCACUGGCAAUGGUGAGACUGGAAACAAUGGGGGGUCCAGAUCACCUUCUGGACAAGGAGGCGCAGCUUUAAUCCCGGUAUAUGUAGCCGGUGCCGCAAAUAACCAACAUCAGAAACAUCACCAUGGGUCUGGCAACCGCAACCGGAACUCCAUUGGACUGUCAACCUUGGUUGUAGCCACCUUGGCCUCUCUCCUCGCAGAUUUAUAUCACUGAUACGAGAAAACAAAUAUGGUCAUAGUGUUUGUGAGGGCUGUCUGUUGUGAGCCUACUUCUCAGAUGAAUAUUUUGAUGCAUAUAUCCGCUUCCCCUGUAUUAUGUGUUGGAAGACAAAAGCUAUCAGUGUGCUUUGUUUGCUUUUACCUUGCUUAGAUUAAUAUAUGUUGAAGGGUGCAAA